GUUGAUUCUAAUUUCUUUCAUUCCUAUAUAAACUCGCCAUUCAACCUGCCCACAUUCCAACUCAAAGCUCGUAGCAAGAAAUCAGGUAUCUGCCUAGUAUCUAAUCUUGCCUUGCCUCCGAAUUAGAACUCUUUGCCUAUCAACCCCUUCAACCCAGUUUAAGGCCUCUAUCCAAGUAAUACAUCUCGUCUCGUAUCGGUAUUCACUAUCCUGAAAUGGAGCCCGAAGAAGACACGCAUGUCCAAGCCAAGGCUUUUACCCCAUCGCAGGGAGUACUCAACUUGGCCUGUUAUAAGUUCAGGGCCGACACAUGGUUUACUCUCUCCGACUCCAUGCCGGUUGACGCCUGGCCUCGUGCAUGGCACACAGCCGUAGAGAGCGUCUGGUUGUUCGCCCUUCCAACGCCCGACCGCUUCCAUCCGUUACCCAACCCGUGGAAGCUCGCCCUGAAGCUUCGGGGCGGCAAGUUGAUAGUUUUCGGGAUCAUCGACUGCGCCCUACAGGCACCCAAGCCAACCUCGUCGCAUAUGGUAAUUUUCCAUCCCUACACCGACGAAGAGAGCCCUCCCAGCGAUGCCGACAGACUUGUUAGAAACAGCGUGUACACGAUAGAAUGCAGCAUGCGGACAACCAUGCCGUUAAUGCACUUUGUAAAUUUCAUAAACAGGCGUGGUGACAUAAUUAAUUACACUCUUCUGAGUAGUGCGCAGUCUCUCAUUGGUCCCCGCGGCCGCCGCUUCUGGAUCCACAGGGUCCUGGAGAGGAUGGAGCCGAUCCUCCAGCGUGAUCGCAAUAUCCAUGCUUUCCCUGACGAUGCGGGGCCUUUCCAUGAGAAGGCGGACCGUCUCAUGCGCCGCUGCUGGCUCCCGGGAAAGAUACACACGGGUCAUUUUGGGUCCGAUGAUGAGGAGGAUAAUCCCCUCAGGAUAGUCCCGGGUGCUGAUAUUCUCGGCGGAGCUUUCAUAUUGCCCAACUAG